CCGGGUCCCCCCCCCCCCCCCGCCAGUGUCACCUCCGAGCCAUCCGAGUAUAAAAUCGGGACAUUUUUCCCCAACAAUCGUUUAAUCGCUGCCAUUUUUCCAACCAGCGCGAACGCGUGUGGGGAGGGAGCAGCGACAGAGGCUGCCACCGUGGAGGCGAGGGAGGGCUGGGGGGACCUCUCGUCAUUGCCGUCAAGCGGACGAGCGCCAGUUCGACGGGGGCUCAUCGCGCCGCUGAUUCACGUCGUCGACACCGCGAGGUACCACGACCUCCCGUAAGCAGCGCUCCGGGCAACAGCAGGUGGGGGCGCAUCAGUCGCGGGCCGGGGUGGUCGGGAGAGGAGAGCUCACGCGAGUGCCUCGUCUGCGGACCUCGCGAGUCUUGGCCGGAGCGGCCGGACCGGACGCAUCAGCCGCUGUUGCUGCCGGCGUGCGACACCUCGACAGCGGGAGGGGGGCGAUGCCGCCCACCUCGCCAUGGCUCUGACAGCGGAGGCGUCCACGCAGACCCCGGACGUGCCCCACCACGCCGAAGACGCUCGGGAGGUCUCGCGCAGCCAAUUCGGCACCAGGGAGUUUAAGGAGGCGGCCACUCAGUACGAUCCGGACGACCCGGGGCAGUGCCGCGCGUCGCCCCGCGGGCCCGGAGGAGGCUCCCCCAAGCCCGACGCCGAGAGCCGCUCCACGGCCGGCGAGUGCGGCUCUCGCAAGCGCAAGAGGCGUCCCAACAAGCUGGUCCAUCGCAGCCCGGGCCCCGGCCAGGAUGUCGUGGGCAGCCCUUGCGGUGAGCACAGCCGCUGCAAAGAAGACUCCUACAGCCCUUGCGACAGACCCGGCCACUCUUACGAUGAACCCGGCCGCUCUGAUGAACCCUGCCACUCCUCCGAUGAACCCGGCCACUCCUCCGAUGAACUUGGCCAUUCCAAUGAACUCAGCCACUCCAAUGAACUCGGCUGCUCCAAUGAACUCGGCCACUCCGAUGAACUCGGCCAUUCCGAUGAACCCGGCCGCUCCUCCGAUGAACCCGGCCACUCCUCCCAUGAACCCGGCCACUCCUCCGAGGAACCCGGCCACUCCUCCGAUGAACUUGGCCAUUCCAAUGAACUCAGCCACUCCAAUGAACUCGGCCGCUCCGAUGAACUCGGCCACUCCGAUGAACUCAGCCACUCCAAUGAACUCGGCCGCUCCGAUGAACUCGGCCACUCCGAUGAACUCAGCCGCUCCGAUGAACUCGGCCGCUCCGAUGAACUCGGCCACUCCGUUGAACUCGGCCACUCUGAUGAACUCGGCCGCUCCGAUGAACUCGGCCGCUCCGAUGAACUCGGCCACUCCAAUGAACUCGGCCACUCUGAUGAACUCGGCCGCUCCGAUGAACUCGGCCGCUCCGAUGAACUCGGCCGCUCCGAUGAACUCAGCCGCUCCGAUGAACUCAGCUACUCCAAUGAACCCAGCCCCUGCAACGGAUCUGGUCUUUAUGAAGUAUCCGUUCCCUGCAACGGCUCUGGCCCUUACGAUGUGUCCGGCUUCUACAACGGGUCCAGUCCUUGCGACGGGCCGCUGGAAAGCACGAGCGCCGGGCAGCCCCUCUCAUGGGGGCCCCCGAUCAACCCCCCCAUGAUCGACCUCCAGCAGAUGAUGCUCAACAGCUUCCACUUCGCCCAGGUGUGGGGCUACCGCAGGGAGGUGGCCGAGCGGCUGGGACGGCGCCCGAAGGUCGAGCGGAACGGGAGGCCCCCGGCCGCGGACAGACGCGCGCCCCCGACGGCCGCCGACGCGGCGAGAGCGGCGUCGCGCUCGGACGGGGAGGGCGAAACCCGCCUGCCGCCGCGGGGCGAGAAGUGGCCCCGGCGGAAGGGCCGGUCCGAGCCCUGCGAGCCGGCGCCCGUGGACCGCGUGGACGUGAGCGACCGCAUCGACGACUCCCACUGCGUGGAGACGGCCGACGGGCAGCGGCGCUGGCAGUGCCGCCUCUGCGAGAAGUCCUACACCUCCAAGUACAACCUGGUCACGCACGUGCUUGGCCACAGCGGCGUCAAGCCGCACGCCUGCACCCAGUGCGGCAAGCUCUUCAAGCAGCUGAGCCACCUCAACACGCACCGGCUCACGCACGCCGGCGCGCGUCCCCACCGCUGCCACGUGUGUGGCCGUGCCUUCACGCAGACGAGCCACCUCAAGCGGCACCUCAUGCAGCACAGCGCCGUGCGGCCUUACAACUGCGGCGUGUGCGGCCGCGGCUUCGCCUACCCCAGCGAGCUGCGCGCGCACCAGAGCCGGCACGUCGCGUCGGCGGCGUCGGCGGCGUCGGCGGCGGCGUCGGCGGCGGCCUCGGGCGGGGACGCGGGGCCCGCGCCCGGCUCGGAGCGCCGGUGCGCGGCGUGCGGGGUGGCCUUCGCGAGCGCCGCCCUGCUGCGGAUGCACAAGGCCGCGGUGCACCAGCAGCACCGAGGCCGCGCGGUGCGCCACCACCACCACCACGGCGGUGGCAUUCAGCACCACGGACAGCAUGGAGCGCCGGCAGAGCCGCGCGACGGCUUCCCGUGCGGGGAGUGCGGGAAGACGUUUCAGUACCGCAGCCAGCUGCACAACCACGAGCUCAAGCACAAGGGGGAGCGGCCGCACAUCUGCACCGAGUGCGGCAUGGAGUUCGUGCAGUCCCACCACCUCAAGCAGCACAUGCUCAUCCACAAGGGCAUCAAGGAGCACAAGUGCAGCGUGUGCGGGCGCGGGUUCACCCUGCAGGCCAACAUGAAACGCCACCAGCUCACGCACACCAACGUGCGCGCCUACCACUGCCACCUGUGCCACAAGGCGUUCACGCAGAAGCAGACGCUCAAGGCCCACAUGAUCGUCCACUCAGACAGCAAGCCCUUCCAUUGCAAGAUCUGCGGGAAGCAGUUUAACCGCCUGCACAACCUGAUGGGCCACCUACACCUGCACGCCUCGCGCAAGCCCUUCCAGUGCUCGCACUGCCCCAGCAAGUUCACGCUCAAGGGCAACCUGACGCGGCACACCAAGAUGAAGCACGGCCCCCCGCACGGCUCCGCCUGGGACGGCGACGACGUCGCGGCGCCGCUCCGGCCCGAGACCCCCCCCGCGUGGGCGUCGCGCUCCGGCGGCCCCCCCCUCUCCGUGACGGCCGCCCCCCUCCGCCGCAUCGAGCCGGCGUCGCUGGAGGCGUCGCUUCGCCAACCCGCCGCGACGUCGGCGGCGUCGGCGGCGGCGUCGGCGGCGCGUGUGGCGAUUCAGCACCGCGUGCGCUGCCGGACGAAGCCGAACGCGCGAGCCGGAGCUCGGGCGCUCUCGGACAAGUUGCCGCGAGGGCCUCGCGUGACCCCCCAAGAGGGGGGUCGUGACGGCGCCAUCGUGGCGUUCUGGGAGCAGGUGGAGCCGUUCGAUCUGUCGCGGGCGGGGUGCACGGGGGGGGACCCGGCGGCGGCGGCGCGCGUGGCCGAGAGGCCGGGCGGGACAACGCUGGAAGAGGCGCGCGCCUUCUCCGAGGGCACGGAAACGAGCCCCGUCCACGUCAAGUGCGAGGAGGUCCACCGCGACGACAGGAGGGGCCUGCAGGCGAUCUCCGUGCGCGAUGUUCAGUUGAGCUGGGACGACUACAAAGGGACGGUGCGGGCGGCGGCGGCGGCGGCGUGCGAGCGCCGGGGAGACAUCAACGGGCACGGCUGCCACUGGCUCCGCUCGCAAAUCUGAGCCGCGCGGAGGGGAUUUGUCUCAGCAGCGGCUUCCUCUUCCCGACGUCACAUACUCAAUGCCUGGGCCUUCGUCUCUCGCAAAAUCAUUUCCAGGUCGCUGCUCGACCGGAGUCGGCGUGCGACGAGCAGCCGAGGAUAUAUCGCGAGAGGUUUUGCCAAAAGUGGGCGCCCCGUUGGAAAACAUUUGCCGGGAGUGCCGGCUGGAAUCUUAAGCCCUGUCUACAUUUUUUUUUUAGUACAACUCCUUUAAUAAACCAGCCCCUGCACAUUUUGGAUUUAGCUGAAGUCAUCACAGCCGUGCAGUUAUUAGACGACGCGUACAAAUGAAGUGCAGCACACACGUAUUUCGAAUUUUGGCUCUGGAGUGUGAGUUUCAGCCUUUAAAACACCCGGCAUGCAUUGGAUUCGCAGCACAUAUUUCAGCUUCAAUGACAAACAACAAUGCGAUUGGGCGCACAAAGUAAUUCCCCUGCCUUCUACAGUGGCUUUGUAAAUCAGAGACACCAGGAAUAUACGAGAUGACUCUCGACUAGUAUGACAAUGAUCCGUGCCAGGCUCGUCAAUUAUGUGUUUUUUUUCCCUCCCAAGAAUUUAAUGAACACAUGAUAACGGGACACAUCAUUUCUGUGGGGGUUAUUUUUCAUAAUCUGCGGGUGGCUGGAAAACCCGGACUGGGUUGCUUGGUGCUCAUUGCCGGGAGUGCGGUUGACUGCAAUGCAGAACAAUUCUAAGAAAUCCAAUUUAAAUCAAAGAAAGUCACAGUCCAGGUCGGUCACUUUCCUGCAUUCCCAUCAUGGGUGAGCCACUAUCGGCUAUGUAUUGGAGAUGGCACGACAAUUGCACAGGAAUAACGAUACUGCACCAAAACGACUUCUUGAGUUCUUAUGCACAACUCAUCGAUCGCACUGAUCCUCAUCCUUAGUUUGUUGCGUCAUUGCAAGAACAGCGCAAGAAUUCACCUAACGCCGCUUAACCACGGAAUCGUUCACAAGUCAUCACCGUAGCAGUGUCGCCUUCAGGCGCUGUUCAGGGACAUGCAGGCAUACGAGGAGACUCCGUGGAACAUGUCACAUGUGGUUUUGCUUUUUUGCCAACAAAAUUGUGCCGUCGUGUCUGCUUGUCGGCGCUCCGUGUUCAUUUGCGAAUGUACGAAUUCACAACAGUUGACGUUGUGUAUCGCAAGGAAAUUGUGAUGUCACCUCAUCACGUGAUGAUGCUUUGUGGGAUGCUCAACCGCAUCAAAGAGGUGUUGGCUGAUGCAUAUUUGAUGGAGUGGGGGGGGGCAGUAGGUGUUGGAACACAGCCACACCUGGGCAACCCUCACCUUCGUUCUGCUUGAGGUAUGGACAUGUCACAGGUAUGGAUUCAGUCAGUGGUGCAGGUGCAUCUGACACUGGCACCUAUGAAAUGGAGGGGUCCUGCUACUGGGGCCAUGAAGAAGGGGGAUAUUGGACAGGGGGCCCAAUUUCAUUCUUUGCAUCAGGGCCCACGUCUCAUCUGUGCCGUGCCACUGGCUUCAGUGUCAUUAUCGAUGAGUGUUAUUUUGACUCACCUCUGCACUGUGCUUCUUGCUGACCGGUUGUUCGACAUGCACUGCACAGCAUUGAUCUGAACAGACACAUUUGGGGAAUUUUCCUACUGCUUUAAAAAAAAUAGGAAUUUAGAUAGAGAAAGGUAUAUUGAUGGUAGAAAUGGGAAAAUUACUCCAGUACCCCACGUGCUCAUGAGUUAUUUUGAGGACUGGUUAAUAAUUUAAUGUAAGCCUCCGUCAUUUCUGGAGACAUUUGUAAUCAUCCUGAAUGAUAAUGUUACGUGCUCUGCAAAAGAGUUGACAUAUUUGCGAAUAAAUUGUACAAUUCACAUUGCAGUAUUGCAAUUAGAAUCGUGCUGGCAAUAUUAAGAGACACGUUU